GUCAAGACAGUCUUCGGCAACGACGACGUCGGCUGCACAUUUUUGUGAAUUUUCCUUAUAAAAUCAAUUUUGAAAAUUACUUCAAAUUUUGAAAGGUUACAUUUGGAAUUCUUGUGGUCUUAUAUAUGGACCCAUCGACAUGACCAGUCGGAACUGCCAUCAGUACUACUGACAGUACAAUAACAUCACUCACAUUAUUCACAGUCACACAGACCGGGCAUACAGACCGCAACCUGCGCAAGACAGUCGACAGUCGUCAACUCUCGCAAUGAGCUGGAGCUGCCACCAGUCUGCUGAGCUGAGCGGGCCGGACCGUCGACCGUCGACCGCCAGGUCUGACCUGUGUUCUUUUCUCUCUCUCGGAGUUUCGUAGAGUUAGAGUGCAGACUAGUUUGAUGGUGGAUCAUCUUGCGUGUCUGGAAUACAAUCUAGCAGACGGUUUCAGAUGAUUGACCAUAGGUGACAACCCAGAGAAUUGUCAUGAAGCUUACUCUGAGUGGGACCAUGGUGGUGGUCUGCAACCUUUUGGCCCAAGGAUUCACACACGGAUUGUCCACCUCCAUGGGGGUGUUCUAUGGAGAGUGGAAGAGGGAGUUUGAAGAGCAAGCCGCCUUGAUAAGCUGGCUUGCUACAUCUGUGUUGACCAUUCUUCUUGCUACAUCUCCUCUGGCCGGUGCACUCGUCAGACAUUUUGGUGUUUGUGGUGUAAUGGUUGCCGGUGCUAUCCUUUCAGCUUCUGGCUUUGUUGCUGCUUCAUAUGCUCACAACAUAACCAUACUCUUCAUUACUAUUCCAUUCCUAUCUGGUCUUGGUAGCAGCAUGGCAUAUUCUGGCUGUUUAGUCUGCAUUUCUCAAAACUUUAAGAGGAAUUAUACCCUCUUGAAUGGAGUAGCAUCAUCUGGAUGUGGAAUCGGCAUGGUAGUAUGGCCAAUCAUCUUUCAGCUCCUGGUUGACCAAUACUCCUGGAGGGGUGCUAUGAUGAUCGUAGGGGGGAUGCAGCUUCACCUAGUACCACUGGCACUGAUGAUGACAAGGCAUUCCAAAAAGACGGACAAGCAGGGGCAUAUGAAGCUGACAGAAACAGAACAGAUUGGUCUGAGACAGCUCGUUUCAGAGGCAGAGCUGAAUCACAAUGAUGUCGUGACAUAUGCAGUGGAUCUGUCUUCCCGUGAUGAUGAUGACAGUGAUGAUGGAAUUGUGAUAGAAUGCGGAGGAGUGAAAGGACAGGAGGACAAAAUUCAAGUGGUGGAUUUUAAGGAAUUAGAUGAACCUGAAGAGGAGAUUGCAGAGCCAUAUGAUGAAAUCAAUGGCGUCGAACCGAAUGCAUCCACUCAGCGCCUUACGAUGGUCCGUCGGAUGAGUCGACAUGCCUCGAUCGUUGGCAAGGGUGUGAAGACAUCGUGCGUGCAAUCUACAGGACUAUCUCUCUUAUGGGAAAAUCGCAUAUUUGCCUGUUACCUACCAAUAUCAUCAACAGGAGGUGCUGUGUUUGGGACCUUUCUGGCUCAUGCUGUAUCCUGCGCUGUUCAGAAAGGCAUCCCCAAGAUUGAGGCAGCGUCCUUAGUCUCUAUCGUUGGACUGACAAACAUGAUUGCACGGGCAACGCACGGAAUGCUUCUCAACACAGGGCGCGUGCAUCAGGUCUUUUUGUCAGCUUUCGCAUAUGGCCUUUCAGCAGCAUCCGUCUUCGUUGUUCCAAGUACUGAUAGCUAUGCUGUGAUGGUUGCCUGUGCGUCGGGUGUUGGCAUUGGGUCUGGUAUAUACAUUCCUCUUCAGAUUGUUCUGGUUCAUCAUAUGGUUCCAAAGCAUCGGUUUCCUGGUGGGAUUGGAAUGGUGCUUUUAACGGUUUGCAUCGGGAUUAUGACCAGCUCAACUGUGUCAGGGUACAUUUUAGACCAGACCAACAGCUAUCAGAUGGCAUUCAUCUUUGCAGGUUGCAUGGGGCUGAUGCCGUGUAGCCUGACUUUGAUAAAUCAUAUCGUCUGGAAUUAUUGCAUCAAAGAUGAGCGUUGGCCUCCGAAGGUGAACCACCUUGUGCAGGAGAAACAGAAGGAAUGAAUGAGAGGAGAUGGCUUGUCAUACUCUUACAGUAUCACAGCCCAUGCGUAUGUCUGAUCAUCAUUUAUGUGGCAACAAGAGGCGUCCUCUCUCUAACAGGAAUGGUGCAGGGGAGAAUACGGAUAAAUCAGUAAAAUUACAAGUGAUGUCAUAUCCCAGGAAAACUUUUAAGGUUAAAUGAGGUUUGUCAAAACUUUUGAAGAGGAAUGGGUAAAUGAUGCAUUGUGUUCA